CAAAAACCCAUUGACUGACCCUAAAACCCCAAUGAUUGACCCCAAAAACCCAUUGAUUGACCCCAAAAACCCAUUGACUGACCCUAAAAACCCAAUGAUUGACCCCAAAAACCCAUUGAUUGACCCCAAAAACCCAACUAUUGACCCCAAAAACCCAAUGAUUGACCCCAAAAUCCCAACGAUUGACCCCAAAAUCCCAAUGAUUGACCCCAAAGACCCUAUUGGCCCCCAAAUCCCUACCAUUGACCCCCAAUUCCCGACCACUGACCCCAAAAACCCAACAAUUGACCCCCAAGUCCCCCCAAUUGACCCCAAAAUCCCCAUAAUUGACCCCAAAAUCCCCAUAAUUGACCCCAAAAUCCCCCCCUUGGCCUGUUGGUGGUUGAGCCCCGACUCGUCCUUCUCCAAGCUGAUCCUACAACGGGGCCAUGGGUUGGGGCGCCCCGCAUUGGGGUCGAGGUGCCACGUCCUAUUGGAGCCCCCUAAAAGCAAUGGGGACGGCCAAUGGGAUCCCCAAAUAGCAUCAAACGACCCCAAAAACCCAAUAUUUGACCCCCAAAACCCAACAUUUGACCCCAAAAACACAAUAUUUGACCCCAAAAACCCAACAUUUGACCCCAAAAACCCAACAUUUGACCCCAAAAACACAAUAUUUGACACCAAAAACACAACAUUUGACACCAAAAAGCCAACAUUUGACCCCAAAAACCCAAUAUUUGACCCCAAAAACACAAUAUUUGACCCCAAAAACCCAACUGGCAUCAACCAGAACCCAACGCGGGACCCCAAAUGCUCCAAUGAGAACCUAGAGAAGAGUCAUAGGGAUCCCAAAAGAAAAGACCCCAAAAAGCCAACGGAUGUCAAUGAAAAUCCUACAAGAGACCCCAAAACGUCAAUGGAAGACCUUCAAAAUCCUAUAGAUGAAAAUCAGAACCCAACAGAAGACCCCAAAAACCCAGAGGAAGACCCCAAAACCACAAUGGAAGACCCCAAAACCGCAAUGGAAGACACUCAAAACCCAACAGAUCUCAAUCGAAACCCUACAGGAGACCCCAAAAACCCAAUGGAAGACCCCAAAAACCCAAUGGAAGACCCCAAAAACCCAAUGGAUCUCAAUCAAAACCCAACAGGAGACCCCAAAACCGCAAUGGAAGACCCCAAAAACCCAAUGGAAGACCCCAAAAACCCAAUGGACCUCAACCAAAACCCAACAGGAGACCCCAAAAACCCAAUGGAAGACCCCAAGACCCCAAUGGAAGACCCCAAAACCCCCCUAGACCCCCUCAAAACCCCACUGGACCUCAACCGAAACCCAACAGGAGACCCCAAGACCCCAAUGGAAGACGUCAACCAAAACCCAACAAAAGACCCCAAAACCCCAAUGGAAGACCCCAAAACCCCAAUGGAAGACCCCAAAACCCCCCUAAACCCCCCCAAAACCCCACUGGACCUCAACCGAAACCCAACAGGAGACCCCGAAAACCCAAUGAAAGACCCCAAAACCCCACUGAAAGACCCCAAAAACCCAAUGGAAGUCCCCAAAAACCCAAUGGACCUCAACCAAAACCCAACAUUAGACCCCAAAAACUUACUGAAAGACCCCAAAACCCCAAUGGAAGACCCCAAAAACCCAAUGGACCUCAACCGAAACCCAACAUUAGACCCCAAAACCCCAAUGGAAGACCCCAGACCCCCUCUAGACCCCCCCAAAACCCCCUCAUCAUCCCCCCAACCCCACCCCGUCCCCUCUGCCCCCCAUCCCGCCCCCCACAUCCCCCCAUGGGGCCGCUGGCACACCAUCCAGCUGGGCACCGCCGAGGGCCGUUGGUCUUUAGCAUUGGACUCCUGCUUAGAAACAAUGGCGGCCGGCGAACGUUCCCUCCUCCUCCCAUCCGGUUCCGGUUCCGCCAUGACGGUGACGUUGGGUUCCUUUACUCCCCCUCCGCCAUUUUGGAUUGAUACCGUUGACCGUUGGCCGUUGGUGUUGGCUCUUAAAGGCCGCGCUACGGCUCUAUACGGUACCGGGGCCUUAAUACCGGCUACGCGGGCCUUCUCCAUCGCACUCCGCCAUGCCAUCAUGGCCGCCGGGCCUCCUCCUUUACCGCCAUGUAAAGCCGGGCCUAAAGCCGACCUCCAUGCCGGUUUAGCGCUAUGUCAGCUCCGGUUGGGCCUACCGGCCGAGGCGGCAGCCAAUGCCGGUAAAGCUUUGGCUUUAAAACCGGGUCACGUUAAGGCCCGGUACCGGAGAGCGUUAGCGGCGGCGGCCAUGUUGGAUUGGGACAUGGCGGCUGAGGAUUUAGGGGAGGUUUUAAGGGUGGAACCGGGGAAUAGGGCGGCGAGGAGGGAAAUGGGGAGGGUCAGGGCCGCCAUUAGGGAGAGGGACGCGGGGAUGGCCAGGGGGCUGGGAAGGUUGUUUGCGUAG